CGAUCACCUCAUUCAACGUAAAAAUGAAGAUUUUAUGCCAAGAAUUUAAGAAAAUCUGGAGACAAAUGCUCGGAACUGAGAAUAUAUUCGGUUUCAAGAGCACAGUCGCGAAUCAACUCUAUUUGCUGUAUUGCUUCAGUGGUCACAUUUAUUUCACCGAUAAGGUCCACAAACAAGUAAAAUAUAUUUGGUGUGGUUUGGUUUCAUGUCAGAUUCUAUUUUCGUACAUAUUUGGUUUAUCGUAUUUAUGGUACGAUGAAAAAAACGAUCUCGUCAAGAUGCUUUAUACAGCGAAUUCAUUUGGCGCCAUUCACAUGGCCACGCUGGGAUUUCCUCUUCUUUCGCAUUUGUUUGGUGAUCGUGUCCAAGCCAUGAUCAAAUUCGUCGAUAGCUUUUCAAACAUCCAGUCAAGCUCCACUUUCGAUCAAAAUACUGUUCUAGAAGAUGUGAAAAAGUAUUUCUUGAUUUUUACGACACCCUUAAUCACAUCAGCCUUGGUGUAUAUGUUUGGGUGCGUUCCGGAUGUGGUAUUAUUCUUUGAGGAGGACAAAGUGAGAGACUAUUUUUACUACCCAUAUCCACCUCCGAUGGUUCAGAAAUGCAGUAGCCUGACAUCAUUUAUGAUAAUGGGUAGUGCUACAUCGAUGCUCUUUUUGCUAAUGUUAUUCGAAUUUUAUUCAGUUUUUGGUUUCAUGCUGUAUUGGAAUAUUAUAUGCUGUAAUCAAUUAAUCGUCGUAAAGAAUGAAUUAAAUGCUAGAACCGUCAGAUUGAAUGAAUAUUCGGAUCAUGAAGUUAAAAGCUUGAGAGAAUGGAAUGGGAUUUUCAAACGUACACUGGAACGUAGUAUCACAGGACUGCAAUUGGCAACUCGCUUGACUAAUGAGUUGAGGGAGUUUUUCGAGGCGAUCGUCACCAUAAUUGCCAUUACCGCUUUCGGAUACGGCGUCGCUCUACUCUAUUUUUGCUUUUCGAAUGAUAUGUCUUUGAUGCUGAAGAUGAAAUGUCUAAUGGGAUACAUGGAAAACUGCAUUGUGGUAUUUCUAUUCUAUUGGAUCGGACAACGCGUGGACAACUCGAUAUCUGAAGUGUCGCUGGCAGUCUAUUCUACUCCUUGGUAUCGGUCGGUGAAAAUGCGAAAAACUGUACACAUAUUGUUAUGCCAAACACAAUCGAUGAAGAAUUUUGCAAUAUCCAAAGUGCACGCGUUACUGCUGAAUAAUUUUUCGCGUUAUUUGCACAGCCUACUUUCUUACACCAGCUCUCUGCAUCGACUCGCCAAUAAAUGA